GCCUCUUUGUUCAAACCGAUUCAGCUCCUCACCCUCAGCGUCGCCACCUGCGCACGGGGAGUGAGCACCGGCACCGAGUGUCUAUCCAGAUUUACAUUUAGAUAUCUCUAAAUUGGUCAUGUGGUAGAUGCUGCAUAUUAGUCGUGAAGCAGACUAGGUGGCUUAUUUUUUGAAGGUGUGAAGCGUAGCUUGGGACGUUGAAUCAUUUUUGCUCACUUACCGGUUCUUUUUUGCUGUUUCACCCAUUCGACCGAUCGCUGACAGACGACACUAUUGGAGCAUCGGGAUACGUUUAGAGCACCUUCACUGAAGCGCUGCGUUCCGAUCUUACAUUCCUGCGGAUUUUUUAUUUUGACUAUUUUCAGGAUUUCAUACAAAGGGACCCUUGCUGAUUUGUCAGGACGCCGUCAGACUCCUCUCUAAAGGUCAAGGAUGGCGGUGGCUGUGUGUGUAGCUGGUCUGCAGGCUGUCCUGUCUCUGCUGCUGCUUGGUAUGAGCGAGGCAUCCUCCAUAGUGAACAUGCGUAGAGUCACCCACCCUACCAUACGAGAGCCCCUGGCUGGCAUCGCCCACCUCCCCUGCGUCUUCACCCUCCAGCCCGGUGAGCUCAGCCCUUCCAGCCAGCCUCCCCACAUCCAGUGGACCCGAACCUGGAUACCGCAGGGUGGAGAGGGGGGUCCACUGGAGCAGAUGGUUCUCUCAGCAAAGGGUGAUAUGGUGAAGGUGAAUAAGGCUUUCGCUGGCCAGGUCAGGUUGCUUGGAUAUGCUGCUAACAACCUAAAUGCUACCAUGGAGAUCUCAGGCCUCCGUAGCAACGACACAGGCACCUACCAUUGUCAGAUUGUGGUUGCAGAUGACUACGAGCGAGACAUAGUGCCCCUUGUGGUCACAGGUGUGGUAUUCCAUUACGGGUCUCCUAGUGACCGUUACGCCCUCUCAUUUGAUGACGCUAAGUGGGCCUGUCAGGAGAACUCCGCCCUCAUCGCCACGCCCAACCAGCUGUGGGCAGCAUUCCAUGACGGUUACUCCAACUGUGCUGCCGGAUGGCUCUCUGACCAGACUGUCCGCUAUCCUAUCCAGUCACCAGAGCUUGGUUGCUAUGGACACCAGGAAUACUCAUCUGGUGUGAGGAAUUAUGGGAAAAGAGAUGCUAAUGAGCUGUUCGAUGUCUACUGUUUCAGCAGGGAACUGGAGGGUGAGGUAUUUCAUUCCUGGGUUCCUGGGCGUCUGUCUCUGUCCUCUGCUUCAGAACGCUGCGUCUCCCUGGGGGGACAAUUAGCCACGGUGGGACAGCUCUACCUGGCCUGGAGGACAGGGCUGGACGUCUGUGCUCCAGGCUGGCUCUCUGACGGCAGUGUCCGCUACCCUAUCACCCAGCCCAGGCAGGGCUGUGGAGGGGACCAGCCAGGGGUCCGGACCGUUGUACCCAACACCAAUGGAACCACAACCAGCAGCGGAUCAGCCAAUGCUACGGACACCAUACCACUCUAUGACGCCUAUUGCUACAGAGGGAACGUGAAGAAUCCAGGACCCAUCUCUAGGAUCUACACGUCUUUGUGGAAGCCUUGGAGCCAGCUGACCGGCUCCAGCCACUCAGACAACCUGGGAACAGACAGUCCUGCCCUGGCUACUGAGACCACCAGCGGCACACCGACCACCGUCACAGAGAGCCGUAACCUUUCACCAUCUGAUGACCUCACACCCUCAAACUGGACCGGAUUGGUUGAUCUGGAGGAAGAGGCCCACUCUUCCACAGAGUCCUCUGAGGGUUAUGUCACCCUGCAGUUGAGCCCAGGAGAGAGCUCUCUAGCCUGGGGAGACCUGGGAGACAUGGACCCUGACUCUGGAGCUUUCCUCAGACCUCCAGCCACACCCAGCCCCAGCCCCAGCCCAAGUACUACCACUCAGGAAGAACUAUCACCCUCGACCCCAGCUGACAGAAAGGUGAUGGCCAAGAUAGUGAAGUCCAUGUGGAAGCCGUGGAACUACCUGGCAGAAGGUACCCCAGGAACAGGCAGUCCAGAGGGGGAGAGAAAGGGAAGUGCAGCAGGGACUCUGACAGACAGUGUGGCUGUACCCACUGGCUCUCCUGCUCCAGGUUUAUCCUCAUGGGGUGGUGGGUGGUGGGAUGGCUCAGGACUGGGGGACCUAGAUGAUACACCACCCACUGGUGAGCCGUCAUCCUCCACUGGUGAGCCGUCAUCCUCCACUGGUGAGCCGUCGUCCUCCGCUGAUGAGCCGUCGUCCUCCGCUGAUGAGCCGUCGUCCUCCGCUGGUGAGCCGUCGUCCUCCGCUGAUGAGCCGUCGUCCUCCGCUGGUGAGCCGUCAUCCUCCGCUGGUGAGGCUCCGUCCUCCGCCGGUGAGCCAUCGUCCUCCGCCGGUGAGCCGUCGUCCUCCGCUGGUGAGCCGUCAUCCUCCGCUGGUGAGCCAUCGUCCUCCGCUGGUGAACCGUCGUCCUCCGCUGAUGAGCCGUCAUACUCCGCUGGUGAGCCGUCGUCCACCCCUGGUGAGCCGUCGUCCUCCCCUGGUGAGCCGUCCUCCUCCCCUGGUGAGCCGUCGUCCUCCCCUGGUGAGCCGUCGUCCUCCCCUGGUGAGCCGUCCUCCUCCCCUGGUGAGCCGUCGUCCUCCCCUGGUGAGCCGUCGUCCUCCGCUGGUGAGCCGUCUUCCUCCCCUGGUGAGCCGUCGUCCUCCGCUGUUGUGCCGUCGUCCUCCCCUGGUGUGCCGUCGUCCUCCCCUGGUGUGCCGUCGUCCUCCCCUGGUGUGCCGUCAUCCUCCGCUGUUGUGCCGUCGUCCUCCGCUGUUGAGCCGUCGUCCUCCACUGGUGAGCCGUCGUCCUCCCCUGGUGAGCCAUCAACCUCCCCAGCCCUGCUCACCUCUACCCCGGCCACAGAGAACCAGUCCUCUGCCUCCACCUCCACCACUGGAGGUUGGGAGGCUAUCCCAGACUCAUGGGUCCAAGUGACCCCAUCAACAGGAGUGACCUCACCCCAGCCGGGUUAUAGGAGAAUGGAAGAGGUUACCACUAGUACCACUAGAGCAGAUAGCAUAGCCACCACUGUGAGCGGGAGAGCAAUGGUGAAAGAGGAGGAAGGGAGUGCCCUGGGGGCAUCUGACGAGGCCAGAGGGGAGAUCCAGUUUACCGGUAUCCCCGUUGGAACAACCAAACCCAAACUCAGGGUCCCUCCAUCCAACAACAGAACCAUGAGGAAGAACCAGUCACGAGCCAGUGGCAGCACAACUCAACCCGCAGUCAGCAACUCCACAGCUGGGUCAGACAGCAGAGACUCUUCCCCUCCAUCCAGACCAGGUGCUGGAGCUCCAGCCCCUCCACCCUCAGCCUCAGUCAGCCAGGGCAGCUCCAGGGUGGCAUCUCCGUCCAUAUCCUGGGUCCCCACGGAGAGAGCUGGAGAGUGGGGUGGCGAGGGGCCGGAGAGAGAGCCCCUGGAGGUGCCCUCCGAACCACCAGUGGAGGAGGAGACAGCCUUGUCUCACUCACUCGGCUCUGGGUUGCCUAGCAACAUGGACGAGGAAGGUGGCAGAGGUGCCGGAUUCAACCAAAGCAACGGAACUCUGGACUCCGCUGGUGAGGAGGAUCCCUGUGUGACCAACCCGUGUGUACAUGAAGGGAAGUGUCUACCUCAGGGCAAGGGCUACAGCUGUUACUGCCCACAGGGCUUCACAGGGGAGAACUGUGAGAUCGACGUGGAUGACUGCCAGUCCAACCCGUGUCUCAACGGAGGCACCUGCAUCGACAAGAUCGACUCAUUCAUCUGCCUCUGUCUGCCCAGCUACGCAGGAGACACCUGUGAGAAGGAUGUUGAGGGUUGUGAGCAUGGAUGGAGGAAGUUCCAUGGCCACUGCUACAGGUACUUCUCUCACAGACACACCUGGGAGGAUGCAGAGAAGGACUGCAGAGAGCAGAGCGCCCACCUCAGCAGUAUCACCUCGGUCAUCGAGCAGGAGUUCAUCAAUGGGCUGGGCCAUGAUAACGCCUGGAUCGGCCUGAAUGAUCGUACAGUGGAGGAGGACUUCCAGUGGACUGACACCAAUGACCUGGUGUAUGAGAACUGGAGGGAGAGCCAGCCUGAUAACUUCUUUGCGGGCGGAGAGGACUGUGUGGUGACCAUCGCCCAUGAGGAGGGCAAGUGGAACGACGUGCCCUGCAACUAUAACCUGCCCUACAUCUGCAAAAAAGGCACAGUGCUGUGUGGAACCCCGCCCGCUGUGGAGAAUGCCCAUCUGAUUGGCCGUCGGCGGUCCCAUUAUGACAUCCAUGCGGUGGUGCGUUAUCAGUGUGCCGAAGGUUUCUACCAGCGCCACAUCCCCACCGCGCGUUGCCGGGCCGAUGGCACCUGGGACCGGCCCAAGAUCAUCUGCACAAAGUCUCGGCGAUCCCACCGGUACCGCCGCAACCACCGCCACGGCCAGCGCCGGGAGCGUAGGAACCACAGGAGAUACGGAGGAGAGGCACACAUGGAGAGGGGAGAGGACACACACAGCCAAUACUGAACCAAAUACUACACCUCCCACAAUGCUCUGCGCCUGACCGCUGACCUAUCCUGGGGCUGAGGGGAUCAACCCCUCACAAUGGACAGUAGUUGACAUCUGAACGUUCUCUUUUCCUGACCUAUUUCAGUCUCUCUCUUUGGAUUGAAAUCUCACUUGAGAUACUGUAUGUGUGCAAAACUUUAACUUUCAUGCAAAUGACCGAUUGACAUCAGUGCAAAAAAGGUUCUGUGUUACGCACCCAUAGCUCAUGUUUGGAUUUGUCCUUGUUUUUGGUUGAUUUUGUUUAACCCAUGUCCAUUACUUACAAUAGUAAUAGUCUCUCUCUUGCUAACACGGUCACUAAUACUGUAACUUAGAAACAGCAAAUCCUUGGCAUGUCUAUGAAUAACCUAUUCUCACUGUCGAAACAUAAAUACAGUGAUGUGAUAAAUACAGUGUGUGUGUGUGUGUGUGUGUGUGUGUGUGUGUGUGUGUGUGUGUGUGUGUGUGUGUGUGUGUGUGUGUGUGUGUGUGUGUGUGUGUGUGUGUGUGUGUGUGUGUGUGUGUGUGUGUGUGUGUCUGUUCAUGCGUGUGUAUGUGUGUGAGAGAAAGUGUGUUUUUAUAAGUUUGAAGCUUGUUCUACAUCUCAGAACAUCCUAAUGUUUGUGUUCUGUUUAUAAAGCACAGAUUUAAUUAAUACGUUAGCUAGUUAGCUUUCAGUCCCAAUUAACCCAGAGCUUUUGUCUGUAUCCUGUACUUGUUAUGUUCCCUUAGGGCUCCUGAAUAGUAGGGCUGUUUUAUUAUUCAACUUAUGUGCCAUUUUUUUAUAUUUGCUAACUUUUCAUGUCACGUCACUAUUUAUUAUGGACUAGUUAAUAUAUGUUGAUUUUGUUUGUUUACAUAAUCCAACAAGGCAAUGUAAUACCUGUUUUCUUUAAUGUUCCAUUCUCUUACAAUCAAAAUGUGGUAAACAAAAAACAAGUUAACCCUUUGAUUGCCUGUACUGUACUGUAAAUACUGUGGUUUUUGUUUGUUUGUUAUUGACUGACACCUGAUUGAUACCUGACCCGUGUCCAGCCAUGUGUUUCCCAUCGGCAUCUCAACUAAUAUUCUAAAACAGCCCCAUCGAUCUAAAUGGAAUAAAAUAGGAUAGAUUGAAGUACUACGGACUGAGACAAAACAUUCCCAUGAUAUCUACUCGAUCGCCAAUAGACCCAGUCUUUGCACGGCUCCAAUAUGUGAUGGGUAGGAUGCCAUGAAUCUGGUCCUUGAUUGGUCGUCACCCCUUUUUUGGUGUUGUUAUGAUGUCCUGUCCAGCUGUUGUGUUCCAUUCUUAAUAAAGCUAAAAAAACAAACAAAUGAA